AUGUCUCGUAGUGCUAUCACCGUUUUGAAGGAUGGAGAUUCGGUUCUGCAUGAUCCUUGUGAUAUUGCAGAGCAUGUGACAAAUUAUUUUUCUAACUUGUUUGGUGUUUCAGCUGUAGGUUCUGACUUCCCUUUGAUGAAUGAGGUUAUUCCUUCGCUCGUGAAUGAGGACAUGAACAAUAUGCUCACUGUUUGUCCUUCUGUCGAGGAAAUUAAAGCUGUAGUUUUCAAUCUUAGUCCUAAUAGUUCUCCCGGUUCGGAUGGUUUCGGUGGUUUUUUCUAUCAAACUUACUGGGAGGUGAUUAAAGAUGACGUGAUCAAUGUGGUUCUUCAAUUCUACACCAAGGGCUGGAUUAUGAAAAUUUUUAAUGUCAGUACUCUUGUUCUCAUUCCAAAGGUUAAUGGUGCUAGUUCCCUUGAUAAAUUCAGACCAAUAGCUAUGGCGAAUUUUAAAUUCAAGAUAAUCUCAAAGAUUCUUGUUGAUCGUUUAGCGUCUAUCAUGCCAAUCCUCAUCUCCAAUGAACAGAAGGGCUUUGUCAAAGGUAGAUCUAUUCAUGAUGGUAUCCGUUUAGCAUCGGAGGCUUUCAAUAUUCUGGAUAAAAAAAGCUUCGGUGGGAAUGUGGCAAUUAAGGUGGAUGUUAUUAAAGCUUUCGACACUAUAAAUUGGAAAUUUCUUCUUCAGGUUCUCUCUAGUUUCGGCUUCUCAAAAACUUUCGUGGACUGGAUUGAGGCUAUUCUCUCUUCUGCACACAUUACAGUUAGUGUCAAUGGUAAUAUGUUUGGUUACUUCUCUUGUGCCCGGGGUGUUCGUCAAGGAGACCCCUUAUCUCCGCUUUGGUUUUGUCUGGCGGAAGAGGUGAUUAGCCGUGGUAUAUCCAAUUUGGUCAAUUUGGGCAAAGUUUCUCUUAUGAAGAGUGUUAAUGUUAGCUUUCCUUCUCACACUCUUUACGCGGACGACAUUUUAGUUUUUUGCAAAGGUACUUCCAGAAACAUUAAGGCUUUGUUCUCUUUUUUUGCUACCUAUGCUAAUGCCUCUGGCCAAGUUUUCAGUACUGUGAAAUCGUCUUUGUUUGCGAGGGGUUUAAGUGCCUCUAGGAUCAAUGCUCUUCUCCGUCUCACUGGUUUCACCAUUGGUAAUAUGCCCUUUAAUUAUCUUGGCACUCCUACUUUUAAAGGCAGCGUUAGAAAGCAUCAUUUACAGCCUAUUGCGGAUCGUAUCUUGGCCAAAUUUGCGGCGUGGAAAGGAUCUCUUCUUUCUAUUGCAGGGAGAGUUGUUCUGGUUUAUUCUUGGCCUGUCAAGCUGCUUCGUAUUAUUGAAAAGGCGUCUCGUAAUUUCAUUUGGAGUGGCAGCAUUUCGAAGAAAAAAGUUGUAACAGUGGCGUGGAAAUUUGUUUGUCAGCCCAAAUCUAAUGGAGGUUUAGAUCUUAGAUCGCUUGUCUGUCUUAAUCAAGCUUAUAAUUUGAAAUCCUGCUGGGAGUUUAUGUCCUCCACAGAAGCGUGGGCUCGCAUUCUCCGAAAUCGGGGUAGUAGAGAUUACGGUAUUGUGAGGCAUCACAUACAAUCUUCUAUUUGGAAAGGGAUUAAAGAGGAAUACCAUUCUGUGUUGGAUAACACUUCUUGGUCGUCGGGUAAUGGUAGAAGGAUUAAGUUCUGGUUAGAUUCGUGGUCAGGUACUCCUUUUAUUAACGAUUACGAUGCUGCUUCUCUUUCUGCUUUGGGCGUUAAUACACAAGCUACUGUGGCAGAUAUUUUUUCAAAUUUUGGCAGCAAUGUUCUUGCAGCUUGGUUGGACCAUUUCCCCUUCGUAGAAGUGCGACUUUCAGGUGCGGUUAUUUCGGAUGCGCAGUUUGAGGAUGUUUUAUGUUGGAAGCAUUCUAUUAAUGGUUCUUUAUCUCUUAAAGAUGCUUACUGCUACAAAUUGAAAGUUCUUCCUCCUCCUCUGUGGGUGGCGGCCAUUUGGAAUUCUCACAUCCCUCCGUCGAAAUCGCUUCUUAUUUGGCGUGUGCUUCAUGAUAAAAUUCCCACAGAUGAUCACAAUGUCGGCGCGGUUUCUUCGCUACUUCAAGGUGUUUGUUAUGUUUGGUGCAAUUUUCUUAUUCCAAUUUUUGGAACAUUUUCCUUAAAGCCAAUUCUCCUUAAGAAGCUUUCACGGCAUAAUAUGUUUGAUUUUGAUAUCCUAAAAGCGUUUCAAAUCAGAAUUAAUCCUCCUAAAGCUCCUUUACUCAGGGAAAUUUUUUGGAAUCCUCCUCCUGUUAAUUGGAUGAAAUGCAAUGUGGAUGGUUCUUUUGUUCAUAAUACUCCGUCCUCGGGUUGUGGUGGCAUUUUCCGAAAUUGCUCGGGAGAUUUUUGUUUGGCUUUUACUGAGCCACUUAGUUGGAAUUCCUCUCUUUUGGCAGAAUUUUGUGGAGUCUUGUGUGGUAUUGAAUUGGCUAAAGAUAGAGGUUGGACUAAUCUUUGGAUGGAGUUCGACUCUUCUGUGGUGGUAAAGGCCUUCUCUCAGGAGAACUUUGAUCAUGUUUCUUGGCAGCUCAGAAACAGAUGGCUCAACUGCAUUAAGUUCGUGUUAGAUUCUAACUUCAUUAUUUCUCACAUCUGUAGAGAAGGUAAUAGCUGUGCGUAUUUUUUUGCUAAUUUAGGCCGCACAUCUAAUUCCUUCACUCUUUUUGACUCCUUACCUGUUGAUAUUAGAAUUGGCUAUGUAAAAAAUAGGAUUCAGGAUAAUACUUUUGAGUUCUUGGGUUUUAGUCUGGGAGGAAGCCAUAGGGUUCUUUCUUGGUGGGAGCCAACCUUGAAGAAAUUGAGAAGCAGGUUAGGAUCGUGGAAAGGUAGAAUGUUAUCUUUGGGUGGCCGAAUCACGUUGAUCAAAUCUGUGCUAUCUAGUCUGGCCAUAUUCCAGCUGUCCUUUUUUGUAGCGCCGCGAAGAGUGAUCAAAGAAUUUGAGAGAAUUCAGAACAAUUUCUUAUGGGGCUGCAGCGAUGUCAAGAGGAAGAUUACAUGGGUUAAAUGGGAAACGCUUUGUUUGUCGAAGGAAAACGGUGGUUUGGGUUUUAAGAAGUUCAAUGAGUUCAACACUGCUCUUUUGUUUAAAUGGAAAUGA